AUGGUGAAGGGGAAAAGAAACCAGAAGCCAAGAAUCCGAUGGUUGCGUGAAGGAGAUUCUAGUACCAAGUUCUUUCACCGUGUGGUACUGGCUAAUCAAUCGUGGAAUGCUAUCCGUUACUUGAGGGAUCAUACAGGGUUGAGGAUCUACAAUCAGCAACAAAUCAAAGGAAUGGCAUGGGCUUAUUUCAAAAAUUUGUUGGGUUCAGAGAGUAGGGGCAUUGUGCCAAUGACAGUUGGAGAGAUCAGAGACAUUCACCCGUUCAGAUUCUCCUCUACACUGGCUAAUGAGCUCACUCAGAUUCCUUCAGAUGAGGAAAUCAAGGCAGUGUUCUUUAAAAUGCCUAAGUGCAAGGCCCCGGGCCCCGAUGGUUUUCCGGCUGAGUUCUUUAUUGAUGCUUGGGAGAUCGUUGGUGACGAGGCAAUCCAGGCAGUCAAGGAGUUCUUUACUUCUGGAAGGAUGCUCAAAAAAUUUAAUGCCACCACGAUUGCACUGAUUCCGAAGAUCACCGGCGCAGACGAGCUGUCUCAGUUCAGGCCAGUGUCUUGUUGCUCAACCGUAUACAAGGUGGUAGCGAGACUACUGAAGAGGCAUCUCAAACUGUUUAUGCCAGACGCGGUUCAACAUAAUCAGGUGGGAUGCAUUAAGGGUCGGCUCCUCUGCAAAAACGUUCUUCUCGCUUCUGAGUUGGUAACUGGCUUCCUUGGAGCUGAGAAUUUAUGGGCCCUUGAUGCUUCUAGGUCGGGAAGUUGGAGUUGGAAAUCUCUUUGCCAGCUUAGACAACUAGCUCGACCCUUUGUGGUCUGUGAGGUUGGCUCUAGUACCUCCGCUAGCUUCUGGCACGACAAUUGGACCUCCUUAGGAUCAUUAUAUCAGUUGACUAAUGGGAGGGGUCCGAGGCUGAGUGGCCUUCCAGAGAAUGCAGUGGUUCGAGAUGCUCUUGUUAAUGACAAUUGGUGGUUGCACUCCUCUAGAUCAAGAAACCCGACUAUUAGUCUAUUUAAGAACAGUCUCCCUGACCAUCGAGAGAUAGUUGCCUCAGAGGCAGAGGACUGCUUUUUAUGGCGAGUGGGUGAAAAUUUCCCUGGAACGGAUUUCUCGACCUCUCUCAUGUGGAAUCACUUAUAUGAUCAUCUUCCGGAAGUGUCGUGGCACAAAUCCGUAUGGUUCAGAGGAAGGAUUCCAAAGCAUGCGUUCAUUACUUGGUUGGUGGCUCUUGACAGAUUGUCAACUAGGGACAGGAUGAGACGUUGGGGCAUUUCGGUCUCUCCUUUAUGCCUUUUAUGCAGUUCUGCUGAUGAAUCUAGACAGCAUCUCUUUUUUGACUGUGGGUAUAGCAAAGAGGUUUGGGCAUUCUUCUUCUCAGCUUUCCAGCUCUCCCCUCCACCUUUGUUCAUGGAUGUCCUGAACUGGCUUAAGGCGCUUACUCGGGACAGCAACGUCAACCUGAUCCUAAAGCUCACUUUCCAAGCCUCUUUCUACAUGAUUUGGAAAGAGCGUAAUUCUAGAUUGCAUUUUCAGUCUUCUCUCCCGGCAGCUUCUCUCUUCACGGAAAUUCAACAGCUUCUUAGGGCAAAAAUGGACAUAUUAUCUAAAGAACAGAGAAAUCUCCCCUCCACUGUUACUUUUUUAUCUACUUGGCGUCUUGUAUUUAACAUCCAUUAG